AUGUCAUUGGAUGGAGGAAAGCAGAAUGAAGACGCAGUUGCUUUCAUGCCAGUGGUGAGCAGCUCGGCGCGUGUGACUGGGCCACGCCGCGUGGAGCUGGUUUCCGAGAAGGUGGUGUACCGCACGAACCUUCAGAAGCCGGCCAAGGUCGGCCUCCUCAUGGUCGGCUGGGGCGGCAACAAUGGCAGCACGUUGACGGCGGCUCUUGUGGCCAAUCGGAACAGGGUCUCGUGGCGCACUCGGACCGGCCGCCAUGGGAUGAAUCUGGCUGAUGCGUUGGAUCGGGCGCAAGUGUUGGAGCCUGAACUGCGUGACCAGGUGCGGUCCGAGUUGAGCAGCAUGGUGCCGAUGCGGGCCCCGUUCUAUGCGGACUUUGUCGCGGGCAACCAGGCAGAGCGGGCAGACAACGUGUUGCCCGGUGGAGAUGGGGACAAAGCGGGGCAUCUGGCCCAGCUGCGCGGGGACUUGCGGGCAUUCCGUGCUGCGCAUCCCGGCAUGGACAAGGUGUUUGUCGUGUGGACUGCCAACACGGAGCGACUCGCCCGAGUGGAUGAGCCCGGUGUCCACGACUCGGCCGACGCCCUGCUCCGGGCCAUCCAGACGUCCCACCCGCAGGUGUCGUGUUCCACGCUGUUUGGCGUGGCAGCUGCCCUCGAAGGCGCCGUCUACAUCAAUGGCAGCCCCCAGAACACGUUUGUGCCCGGGCUCGUGGACCUGGCGACCCGAUGCGGCACCCACGUGGCCGGCGAUGACUUCAAGAGUGGCCAGACGAAGCUCAAGAGCGUGCUGGUGGACUUUUUGGUGGGUGCCGGACUGCGGCCCGUGGCCAUUGCCAGCUACAACCACUUGGGCAACAACGACGGCCGGAACCUGAGUGAAGCCGCCCAGUUCCGCGCCAAGGAGCUGAGCAAGACCAACGUGGUGGACGACAUGGUGGCCAGCAACCCGGUGCUGUAUCCGCCCACUAAUAAUAACAACAACAAGUCCCAUCAGCUGAUGCAUAUGAUGGGGCCCGACCACCUGGUGGUCAUCAAAUACGUGCCUGCAGUCGGGGACAGCAAGCGAGCCAUGGACGAGUACGAGACAGAGAUCUUUAUGGGCGGGCGGAGCACGAUUGCCGUGCACAAUGUGUGCGAAGACUCUCUGCUGGCUGCCCCACUCAUCCUGGACCUGGUUUUGCUGGCAGAGCUCUUGACAAGAGUCAAGACUGCUGGCAAGGACGAGACAUUCCGAAGCAUGAACACGGUGUUGUCUUUGCUGAGUUACAUGCUGAAGGCGCCACUGGUGCCCGAGGGACGCCCGGUUGUGAAUGCCCUGUUCAAGCAACGGGCGGCCAUUGAGAAUCUCUUCCGCGCACUUGUGGGUCUCCCGCCAGUUGACCCGCUGUGCAUCGAACAAAGACUUGCCUGA